UACGAUUUCAGUUUACAGUGCGGAGGGCUCGGGGAAGCCUGAAUGUCUGAAGCUGUGAAACAAGCGGGUGAGCGAUUUGGAGUAUUUGGACCUCUGCGAUCUUACGUUGGCUGAAGAUGUGAUCUGGCCGCGUCGGCUGACGACACGCAGAUUGGUAGUCGCGAUAGAGUGUGCUCUCGACCUAGGUGUAGGUGAUUGUGACCGCGCGCAUUCUCGCGAACGAGAACGAGAGAGAGAAAGAGGAAGGAGGGAGAGAGUGAGAUAUAGACGAGCGAGGGACGGAGCAUGCGACCGCGCCUCUGCGACGUUACUCGGUCUGUCGAUGAGGAUGGGAAGUGCGCCGCUGCCGCCGCCGCCGACGACGACGAGGACAAGGGACGAAUGUGAGUCAGGGAUAACGUCGUUGCGAUACGUCGUGCGGUGCUGCAUCAUCAUCGCUUAGGAAUGGUAUCGCCGUCCAAGCACCAAUAUCAGCAGCAGCAGCAGCAGCAGCAACAACAACCACUCAGACAACCGUCGAGAGAGAACAAGUUUAAUUCGCGACAAACGACAGAUAUUCCUAUACGAAGGGGUCCGCAACCUUUGGAAAAGAAGUCGUUCUAUUUGGAUAUAAAGAACCAUGUCAUCGCGGCCAAGCUAGAGGCACAGAUCAGGGAGUUGGGUGGUGCGAUCGAAUUGUUUCUAGUACGUGGUGUGACUCUUGUAGCCAGCGAUAGAGUAGAUAAGGCAGGUCAGACAAACUUCGAGAAACAUAGAUGGGCUUGCGUCAGUGGUGGCAGCGGAGGACCCCGCUCACUGAGAAGCAUCGAAAUCCCAACUCCCACACCUCCGACACCGUUACUAAGCUCUGAAUGCCCCUCGUCCAACUCUACUCUGCGGGGUCAAACUACCCAAAGAUCUAAAUCGCGGGUGGAUGCAAUGUUGGAACGUGCUCUGACGCAGCCACAACAGUGUUCCGUGGAUCCACUAAACAACGCCCACAAUUGGGGAAUUCCUAUUUGGACAACGGAUAAGCUUCAAGCUUGGCUUGAUAAAAUCUAUGAGUCUGUCAAGGAUACUUCUAACUUGAAGCAAAUUAAUCAGCAUAGCUCGACGAGAGUUAAGCAUUUGAAAAAACCAUACGUCAAAUUCGACUCUAUUUACAAAGCUACCAGACCUGUGUUCCUGGAAUUAUCGUCGUGGCCCACGUUAAACUUCGACGGUGAUCCUGGUUCGUGUCCUUUCGACGCAAAGAAGCAAGAAAACAAAUUAACGAACAAAGAGGUCAAGGAGAAUAAAAGGGAUAUUGAAUCUAUAAAUAAGGCGGAGGGUAAAGAAAUGACUCGGAGACCCCGUGCCACCGCUGGACGUACCCGCAGAACGGAACAGCUGGUCGCUGGCUAUUGCGAACUUUGUCGUACUCAUUAUAACGAUUUGUCGAAGCAUGUGCAAAGCGAGCAGCAUCUGAACUUCGUGGGGAACGAUGACAAUUUUUUGUCGUUGGACACAUUAAUCAACGCGGGCGCCAACGUGGAAGCGUUCUUAAAAUUAAACCGAACAAAAGAUAUCGAGAAAGACUGCGACUUAUUCCCCAAUGAAGAUGGCAAUCUUCAUAACGUACUGCCCGAGGAGAAAGUUAACAAGAACACCAAGACCUUAAGUAACUUCGCUGAUGAGAUAAAAAUGGUGAAUGGUGCGCGCAGGAACCUUAAUUUAAAGUUAAACUCGCCGCAUAAUCUGCGCGCUCGCACGAAACACGAGAGCGGACACCUUCUCAGGUCUAAGGGCAGCCCGUGGCACGAGGUCGACAAGAGUGAGAAAUUGUACGACAAAUUGGAAGGUUUUACGAUCAAGAAGCGCUCAAAGGGUACUAUCUGGAUCGAGGAAGAUGACCCGGACGAGAAGUACACGGAGGAUAUCCUAAAAGAACCCAAGCAGGAAGACUACAAAAUCAGACCGUUCUCGAACAAUAUCGAGUUUUAUAACAGUAAGGAAGAUAAUAUCAAUAAUAAACACAGUAAUCUGGAUCCACCAAAAUUGCAAUCGGUGAUCGUACAUAGAAAUUCACAAAACGGUAUUAUAAAUUCGCGACACAUAUCGGAGGAUCCAGAUUAUCUCAAUAAUAAAAAUGAAUGUAAUGGUGAUGAAAAUGCAAGUGUUUUAGAGCGUACGAUAAAAGAGGUCGAUGUAGUCGAUAAUAGUUACGUUGUUGGAAGUUGUAAAGACGAUCCGUUUCAGAGAGACAAUUGUGCGUUUCAAGCGGAAAAGGUGACGAUGGAUGCGAGAAAAUUCUCGUUGAGUGAUACGAACGAGAUUGUUUGCAACGGGCAUAACGACAAGAGUGAACAGAGGGACUUGAAAGCGUCGCAGGGAGAGAAUACUCGGCAAGUGAAGCUCAAGUAUCCGCGAGUGAAUCGGAGGGGCGGUCGAAAUAUCAGGGGUCGAUAUCGACAUCGAUUGUCGGUGGAGGAACGUUUGAUCGAGGACAAUCGUGCCUAUUACAAAGUGGAAGUGUUGGGUAACAAGUUGCGAUCAAGCGCGGUGCCAAGUGGCAAUUCGCAACAUGUGACGUCGAAAGAUGGCGAGGGUGAAGAGAAGAAGGAGGCGCCGUCCAACGAGAAGCCGGUGGUAGUGCGAUUUAAACGCGUGAGGAAGUCGGAAUUGUCAUUGCUGAGCGACGAAGCGGAAUCGUUCAUGUUCGGCGAGCCAAAACGGGACGACUCCAGCGAGCGAACCAGUGACGGCGAGCAGAGUAGCGUGCUGCCAAGAGACACGGACAGCGAGGCCAAUGAAACUGUCAAUUCAUCCAUGUCGCUGAAUUCAUCGUUAAACUCCAGUCCUGUUAAGCAGGAGAUUGUCGAAGAGGACUCGCAGGAUUCCAUGCAUCUGGGCAGAGCAAGGAAGAGAAGACGCACACAGGCCGAGGCGUUCAUCAAGGACAAUACCGAUUACUACAAAUUCGAGACGCCUGGCAGCAGACUAAGGUACCAGGCUCCGUUAACCGGUAUCAAGGACACUGCCGUGGAUGAUAGUAGGGAACACGGAACGACGAGGAAAUCGACGCAUAAACCAGAAGACAGCAGGCUGCAGGCCGACGGUGUUGUCGAGAAGAUUUAUCCGUCCAAGCCGUCGGCAGAGAUCGAGAAGAUGCAGUUCUCCUUCGAGUCGGUACCUUUGUCCGAGCCGUGGUAUCAAACGUAUCAGCGUCAAGACACGGGCGCCGAGUUUUGGCAUUGCUUCAGCGAAUGUGACGCGAUGAAGCCAUUUCUCCUGCCGUACGAGAUCGAGAACUUUCACGAGACGCUGUUGAAGGCACAGAAUAGAAUCGAGAGCGGUAGAAGGAGGGGCCGCGGUCGCGGCGCAGGAUGCGUGGGACGCUCGCCGAGGAAGAGUCCGCGUUGUCAUGCAUCUACAUUGGCCAUUAUGUCCACCAUAAUCCGUAAGAGGGAACAGCAGUCGAAUCUACCUACGAUAGAAGAGUCACCGCCCGUCAGAACGCGCAUCAUCACACCCAAGCUCGAACAAAAGCCAGAGGUCAAAUUGGAUGUGGACGAGGAGAUAAAAGAGAUCGCGAGAACGAUUGACGAGAUGUUGAGCGCGAAAGGUAUGACCGAGUUGGACGACUCGUUUGAGCCCGAUUUGGACGUGGCGCAGACCGAUGGUCUUUGUGAAACGAACUUACCGAAAGGUGCGCCGUCGAAUUUACUCGAGUUGCUCGAUAAUUGUCAGGACAUUACCAACUGCCUGGAAAAUAAUUCGUCGUGCGCUAGCUCGGAAUGUGGUGAGACAAACACGGACAUUCCGUUGAAACGACGGAAACGAAGAAAAAAUCGGACCGGUUGGCCGGUUGGUAACAAGAUGAAAAAGAAAAUACAAGCGAAUAGCAAGAUGAUCUUGACGGAUUGCGAUCGGGAAUCGUUGGCGGAAAAGAGGCGCUAUCCUGACGGCGGUUUUGCCGGACGUCACACGUCCAACAACAGAUUGUCAGAGGUGGCCGAUUCUCACGCGGUAACAACGUCAACGAAGAUCGCGUUGCCGAUGGUUGCGGAACGACUAGGUGUCAGUCAGAAAAGGGACGACGGUGCUUCGUUGGAAACCACGCCUCAUAAAUCGUAUCACGAGAAGAGAGACAAAAACGUAGAGGCUGUCAGCAGUGACAACACGGGCCUAUUAGCGAGCAUGGGCAACUACAUGGAGUCGGAAAAUGCGUGCGACGACGGGACGAAUAAGACUCAUUUGUCGAGCAAAGAUUAUCCAUGUAGAAAAAAUCUGCCGGAGAUUGAGGAGAUCUCGGAAAACGAUUCGGGCAACGACGAGAAUCACGAGAACCAGAAGAAUCUGCUUGGCAGAAAAGAUGUCAAUACGAUCGCCGAGAACCUGGUCGCAAAGUCGUCGUCCAUCAGAAAGCAACGACAGCGCGAGCAUGUCACCGUCACCAGCGCCGACAGCUGCGAGUCGCGUGACACCGAGAUCGAGAAUCAGGACAAUCUGCAGUUGCAGUGUAGAAAGGAGGAGACCGGUAUAGUUCCUAAGAAACACCACAAUUCCAGCGCCGAGUUGUCGCCAAAGCGGCAACUGCGCGGCGGCAACUGCGAGGAGAACUCGUCCGACACGGGGGAAUUGUUGAAACAUCGCCGCCACGGCAUCGUGUUCGCCACGACGAGGCGCGGUCGGAUGGGCUCGCGGAAGCGGAUCUACUCCAGAAAGCGUCAGUCGAGAACGACCGUCACCCGCAACAACAAUGCCAAUCUCUCGUCGUCUGAUCGCGUCGGGAUGAUGUACGAGGACGAAAAUUGUAAAAAGGAUGCCUACUUGAGUAUUACGUCGUGCAACAAGAAACAGCCGCCAGGCUCCGUAGGGGUGCGCGGCAGCGUGAAGCGCAAAAGCGAAGCCAUUUCGUCGUCGGACAACAUCCAGGAAUCCGACCCGACGUUGGAUCAAUGCGCAUUGUCGGAGCGCGUCAGCCCGUCGAUGUUGUCGUCCACUGAGCUCGAGCAGCGUCGUUCGAGCAUCGAGUUUCAGCCGGUCGUACGAAUGAUGAAGCUCGACGACCAGGUGGACAUGGAUCACAGUAUACUGUCGACGGUGACGGUGGCGAGCAAUCGACGGUUGAGAAGUUCUGGCGGCUCGCCGCGAUCGAACCCCAAGCCACCGAGGAAGCGUGUCAAGUCUGGACGCGGGCACUUUGGACGGUGGUUGAAGAACAGCUGAAGAUCUGAGGAACGAAGACGAAGACGGAAGAGGCUGUACUUCGGCUUAGAUUUCAACGAUGGUGGUCCGUUAUCGAUCUCGCAAUCCGAUAUCUCGUCCCACCACAGUGUACAUUGUGUAUAAAAAUAUUAUUUGUGUACGUAGAAUAGUAUUUAACAUUGCAUCAUAGUAUUAUAUAUAUAUAUACAUAUAUAUUUAUGUAUAUAUAUAUAUAUACCUCUAUCUCUCUCUCUCUCUUUAGUGAUAUUCUACUUAGUAACGUUCUUUCAGGUGGUUAGUUUUAACACUCCCCACCCGGUAUAUCCCACUGUGUACAUUCUUUAGAUGCGGUCGUUGUGUUCUCAGAGCUGAAUAGUUACAUCUUUUUUACUAGCACCAUGUCGUUCCUUAUUUUCUAUAUUUCUUUUUUUUCCCCCUCUUUUUUGUCGUUUCAUGUAAACGAAAAUUGUAUUACUUUGAUGACAGUCGUUUCAGAUCAAUGAUUAAGGAUUAUUUCUAUUUAGAGUAUAUUACAUUUUAGAGUACGCAAGACUGCAUACAGCUUUAUAACAUUGUAAUCACAUACAUACCACACACAUACAUAUGCGCGCGCGUGCGCAUACACACACCACACACACAUACACACAUAUCCAUUUCUGUUAUAUUGUGUAUAUUAUUCAAGGUAAUAUUCUAUAUUUUCGAUUCUCCAGUAUAUCCAAAUACGUUAUUUCAAACAGAAUUGCUGUAAGUCGCUCAUGAGUUCACAGAAAGAGAAAUUACUAUUAAAGAUAUGCAAAUUUUCCAUUAAAACUCA